GGACGAAGUAGAUUGGUAAAGCUGAGCGGUUACCUUGACUACCGAGGACGCGACUUCUUGUUUGGAGAGGGUGGUUUUUGGGAAACCCACAGAAAAAUAGUCGCCUAAGUAAGGAUCAGGACCAAGGGAAAGGAAUCGUGAAAAAUGGAAGACAGUGCCACAGACACAGAAAAAGAAGAGGAAGAAGAGAAAGAUGAAGCAGAUCAAGAACCAAUUCAUGCCAUAGCACCCACAAUCAACAUUCAAGAUGAGCGGUUUGUUGAUUUAUCUCAAACGCCAGCUUUCCUUUUUCUAAAUGAGUUACAUUCUAUGGGAAAACUUCCUGCUACCAGAAUGGCAGAGUUAAAAGCCAAGUACACCUUGCUGCAUGAUACUGUGUUGAGCACACAAGAGUCAGAAGUCCAGCUGCUACAGAAUGCCAAACGCUUCACCGAGCAAAUACAGCAGCAGCAGUUUCACCUGCAGCAAGCCGAUCACUUCCCGGAAGCCUUCUCCACGGAGGUCUCCAAAAUGAGAGAGCAACUUCUCAAGUAUCAGAACGAGUACAGCGCAGUGAAGGAGAGAGAGUACCAUAACCAGUACCGACUCAAUAGCUUAAAUGAAGAAAAAAACAUCAUAUUAAAGGAAUUUGAGAAGAUACCUAAGCCAGGAGAAAUAGAAAAGAAGAUGAAAUUAUUGAAAGACAGCACUGAAGAAUUACGUAAGGAAAUAAUGCAAAAGAAACUGGAAGUUAAAAAUUUACGGGAAGAUUUGACAUCAAAACAAAAGCAAUUAACAAAGGAGCAGAAGGAACUAGAAGAGUUGUUGGAAUAUCAGGUCGUCCUAAAGGAUGAACUGGUCCACCAUCAAACCAUUCCUGUACAAAUUGCAAAGGAGAUAGAAAAAAUAACCCGCAAAAAAGUAGAAAUAGAAAAGAAGAAACUUGCUUUGGAAUAUGAAGUUAAAGAGCUAAAUGAUUCCCUAAAGAAAGUGGAAAACAAAGUUAGUGCUAUCAUGGAAGAAAAGGAGGAUGUAAUAAAGGAAGUUGAAGGCAAACGAGCAUUACUUGAAGUCAAAGAACGAGAAUAUAGCCAGUUGGUCAAGAUACUGGAAUUAACCAGAGAGAACGAAGCAAGUUCACUAACCGAAAGAGGGAUCUUGGAUCUCAAUUUACGAAACAGUCUCAUUGACAAGCAGAACUACCAUGAUGAACUUUCCCGUAAGCAGAGAGAGAAAGAACGAGAUUUUCGAAACUUAAAGAAGAUGGAGCUACUGUUGAAAGUGUCCACUGAUACACUGAUCCAAACUCAAGCAUUGCAUCAAAGGCUUCUAUUAGAGAUUGAAGCUAUCCCUAAAGAUGACACUACACUAUCUGAAAGAAGGAGAGAGCUCCACAAGGAAGUUGAAAUAGCUAAGAGGAAUUUGACCCAACAGAAAGUCCUCUCAGACACUGAGUCUAAGUUAGUAGAACAACAAAUUGCAGAAGAAAACAAGCUUAUAAAGGAGCAGGAGAACAUGCGAGAGCUGGUAUUCAACCUUGUUCGGAUGACUCAAAUCAAGAUUGAUGAAAGGGAGCAAAAGUCCAAGGAUUUCCUGAAAGCUCAGCAAAAACAUACCAACAGUGUUAAGGAAAUCAAAGCAAAGGAUCUUGAAAUCAGGAUACACAAAAAGAAAAAACGUGAAAUUCAUCGGAGACUCAGAGAAUUUGCUAAAUUGUAUGACACUAUUCGAAAUGAAAGAAACAAAUUUGUUAACUUGCUUCACAAAGCUCACCAGAAAGUAAAUGAAAUAAAGGAAAGGCAUAAAAUGUCAUUAAAUGAACUUGAGAUUUUAAGAAACAGUGCAGUUACUCAAGAAAGAAAACUACAAAAUUCCAUGCUGAAACAUGCCAACAAUGUUACUAUUAGAGAAAGUAUGCAAAACGACGUGUGCAAAAUUGUAGCAAAACUUCAGGAAAUGAGAGAAAAGAAGGAAACCCAGUUAAACAACAUUGACAGACUUGCCAAUAUGAUCACAAUGAUUGAAGAGGAGAUGGUGCAGCUUCGCAAAAAAUAUGAAAAGGCUGUUCAGCAUCGAAACGAAAGUGGCGUUCAGCUGAUAGAGCGAGAAGAGGAAGUGUGCAUUUUUUAUGAAAAAAUAAAUAUCCAGGAGAAGAUGAAACUGAAUGGAGAAAUUGAACUACAUGUCCUGGAAGAAAAGAUUAGAUUCCUGAAACUGAGGAUUGCUGAGAAGCAAAGGCAGAUUCGUGUGACUCAGAAAUUACUGCCAGCCAAGAGAUCUCUGGACGCUGACCUCGCUGUGCUCCAGAUUCAGUUUUCACAGUGUUCAGACAGAAUAAAAGACCUGGAGAAACAGUUUAUAAAUCCUGAGGGUGAAAACAGAACCCGCCUCCUUCCAGGGAAAGACCUGACUGAAAAAGAAAUGAUCGAAAAAUUAGAUAAGCUGGAACUACAGCUAGCCAAGAAAGAGGAGAAGUUACUAGAGAAAGAUUUCAUCUAUGAACAGGUCUCCCGGCUCACAGACAGACUCUGCAGCAAAACUCAGACCUGCAAGCAGGACACACUACUCUUAGCCAAGAAGAUGAACGGCUAUCAGAAAAGGAUCAAAGAUGCUACUGAAAAAAUGAUGGCUCUUGUUGCUGAGUUGUCCAUGAAACAAGCCCUGACCCUUGAACUCCAAAAGGAAGUCAGAGAGAAAGAAGAAUUCAUCUUCUCUUGCAAUUCUAGGAUAGAAAAGGGACUGCCACUCAAUAAAGAGAUUGAGAGAGAAUGGUUGAAAGUACUUCGAGAUGAAGAAAUGUAUGCCUUGGCCAUUGCUGAAAAGUCUCGGGAAUUCUUGGAAGCAGAUAAUCGCCAGCUGCCCAAUGGUGUUUACACGACUGCAGAGCAGCGCCCUAAUGCCUACAUCCCAGAAGCAGAAGCNGCUCUUCCUUUGCCAAAACCAUAUGGUGCUUUGGCGCCUUUUAAGCCCAGUGAACCUGGAGCCAAUAUGAGGCACAUUAGGAAACCUGUCAUAAAGUCAAUUGAAAUCUAAAUGCGCAAGCCUUAUCCAGGCUUCUCAAGGAGAGGACUUCAGCCAGGCUUCCCUGGCCCAUAGCUGGAAAAUAUGAGCAUAACAGUUCUAAAAUUACAGGUAAAUAAGUUUCCCACAAUUAAUCAACAAUGGAGUAUAAAUGGAUUCUGUUUG